UAAAAAGAAGGUAUUCGAGAGAGUAACCACUUGAUAUAAUCGUGGGACAAUAUCUCCGAAAUCACUUUAAGAUCUUUACGAAGUCUUCGUGUAAAAUUAUCUGUAAUGAGAUUAAAUAAUCAAAUAAAAUUAUAUAAAAUAAUAACAAUAAGAAAUAAAAUCAUAUAAUCUGUGAGACAACGUGCCAUGUUACGGCCCUAAAUUUAUUGUUGGCUAUAAUUCGCAUGCGCGAGAAAGCGUCCCUGAUAGCAACACUGGCUUAGUCUCGAUCCUGCUACAGACUACAGAUCAUCUGCAAAGUAAUUAUGGCGGAGAACAAGGAGCGUACUUUCAUUAUGGUUAAACCAGACGGCGUGCAACGUGGUCUGGUUGGCAAAAUUAUUCAACGAUUUGAAGAGAAGGGCUUCAAACUCGUAGCUAUGAAAAUGUUAUGGCCUUCUGAAGAUCUCUUGAAAAAGCACUAUGCUGAUUUAGCGUCAAGGCCUUUCUUCCCAGGUUUGGUCAAAUAUAUGAGUUCGGGAGCAGUUGUGCCAAUGGUUUGGGAAGGCUUGAACGUCGUGAAAACUGGCCGCGUGAUGUUGGGCGAGACAAAUCCUAAAGAUUCUGCGCCAGGUACAAUUCGUGGUGAUUUUUGCAUACAAGUUGGACGUAAUAUUAUCCACGGCUCUGAUUCGGUCGAGUCUGCUAAAAAAGAGAUUAGUUUGUGGUUUGGAGAAAAGGAAGUAAUCGACUGGACGCACGCCUCUGAAAAAUGGAUCUACGAAUAAGAACCUGUGAUGGAAACUGAUUCUUUCAGAGGAUAUUGUUUCUCCAUAAGCAUUUUUCCUGGAAAGCCUUCCUAAGCCUACUGCCAGCACGCAAAUGGACCGAAUCGUUUGAGCGACGAGAGAUCAUAAAAAAAAUAAUGACAUUUUUAUAAACAGUUGUAAAAUUUCAUAAAAAAUUUUGGAAUAUAAAAUUGAUGUGAUGAGAAAAAAGGUGUUAUUGAAAUAACUCGCACUGAAAUUAUGAGGAUGUAGAAAAUAUUGUAAUAAAGUACAGUAUGAAAUACGAA